GCUGCACCCCGCCAAAAUCUGCGGGCUUGUCCGAUCUCAGGAACCUGGAAGCUAACGCGAACGUGAACCACAGCAGUGCUCAUCCAGCAAUCGAAACAUCCGCCCAAUUUCGACUUAUUCUACAGGCGCAUCAACCUGAGCAACACAAUGGGCUGGUUCGACGGCUGGUUCGGUUCCGACAACAGCAGCUCCGACCCGCUGCGACGGCUGGACCCGAAGCUGCGCGAGUUCCUGGAAAGGGAGUCGCCCGUGAAAUACAACAGCAGCAGCUCGCAACAGCCACCCCAGCAACAACAGCAAACACAAUCAACCUCCUCCCAAGAUAGCCAACAACAACAACAACAGAACCAACCCCCACCCGUACCCCCGCAAUCCCUCUACCAAGACGGCCGCUACGCCCACCUGUGGAAGACCUACCGACCUCUAUCGGUGGUCGAAGCAGAAACCAAGACGGACAGCGAGAAGCUGGCGGACGUGCUGGAGGCCUUCAAGGAGCGCAAGGCGAAGAUCGGGCGGGCGGCGCUCGAGAACUGCGCCGACGAGCAGUUCAGCUGGGCCGAGUGCAUGCGGGGCGGCAGCUGGUCCGCGCGCGCGACGCUGUGCCGCGCCGAGGUGCAGCGCUUCGAGCGGUGCUACGCCGCGCAGAGCCGCCUGCUCAAGGCGCUCGGCUACCUGGGCGUCGCCGGCCGCACCCCCGAGGCCGACGAGGAGAUCCAGAUGCGCGCCGACGAGCUGUACCACCGCAUGCUGGCCCAGGAGAGGGAGAUUGAGCGCGCGCGCGAGGAGGGCAGGGAGCCGCCCGUGUUCCCGCCGCUUCUGGACGGGGCUGGGAAGGAUGCUGCUGGUGCUGCUGCUGGUGCUGGUGCUGGUGCUGGCCCGACCCCGGCAGCGGAUAAGGCGCCUGACGGGCUCGAGCCGGGCCCGGCCACCCUGGCGGCCUGGAAGCAGCAGCUGGAGAAGCUACCGCCUGAGGAUCGCGAGGCCGAGGAGCAGGCGCUGAGGGCCGAGUAUAGGGCGAAGGCCGAGAUGGCGGCCAAGAUCCAGGGAAUCUGGCAAGAGCAGGCGAAGGAGAGGGAAGCGCGCAGAGCGGAGGGCAAGGAGACCAUUUUCGACAAGUUCGCGGGGCUGUUUUCGUCCUUGUCUGGGCCGAAGUCGACAUGAUGAUCUGAUCUACUUGGAACGGCAUUUUGUACGAAUAAUACGUUGUACAAUCAUCCACCAUGCGUUAUGGGUACCAAGCACCAAGCUCAUCAGAUCAUACUUUCAUCGCGUUGGUAUUGAUUGUCGCUGCAGCGACGCGUCCUAUCUGCCCUCUAGAACGGCUGCUGCCCGCUCCAGAAAGGCAUUGAACUCCCUGAUCUGCUUCAACGCCCCGCCCCCGUCACUCUUGGUGCAUGCCUGAUCCGCCACGCGGCUGAUCAGCAGCUCCAGGUUCGCCAGCUCCGCCUUCUUCU